AUGGGUCAGCCGAAUGUGGACGGCCGGACCGAGGCUAACUUGGGGCUACUUCAGGCUAACUUGGGGCUACUUCAGGCUAACUUGGGGCUACUUAAGGCUAACUUGGAGCUACUUCAGGCUAACUUGGGGCUACUUCAGGCUAACUUGGGGCUACUUCAGGCUAACUUGGAGCUACUUCAGGCUAACUUGGGGCUACUUCAGGCUAACUUGGGGCUACUUCAGGCUAACUUGGAGCUACUUCAGGCUAACUUGGGGCUACUUCAGGCUAACUUGGAGCUACUUAAGGCUUACUUGGAGCUACUUCAGGCUAACUUGGGGCUACUUCAGGCCGCCAACAGUGAUGAAACUGAUGUUGCAGACGUUCCCCCUCCCACUAAUGCUAGAACUGAGCAUACUGUGGUCCCCAGUCGUGACGAUAUUGUUUCAGACAUGCUCUCAGUCUUCUGCAACACAUCGGCGAUGUCUGUGAGGUACAAAGUAGCUGGCGCGUGGCAGGCUACCCUGACAGACCCCUCUUGCUCUGUUGGCUUCGUUAACAACACCUACUUCAUCACGACAGCGUUUUACACGUGUUCAACAACCCGAACUGAAACUACAAGAACAACGUCCUUCGUCAACCAGCUUCUGUUCCGCUCCUUGAACAGUGGUGUCACCAGGAGGUUCACUCGCUCCGUCACCUGCACAUUCCCGCGCUCCCCACUCGUAUACAGAAGUAUUGGCGUGUUGAGCUAUGGGCACCCGCUACACAGGAACACCACAGUGUGGAUGGAUAUUUACAAAGGAAGUGAGCGAAUGUCCGUGUACCCCGUCAGUGUAGACUAUUCUAACUCCUUCACCAUCCUAUUCACGACAUCAGAUCCCAGAUGGGCCCCUUACCUCCAACCACGUGACUGCUUUAUUGCCCCCUCCAAGGAGGACCGGAAGAGGUUUCCCCUCAUCACAAACACGUGUCCACACAGUACAGUGAACAUGACCCGCACCAAGAGAGGCAUCUACAUGUUCGUCACCCCCAGGUAUAACCUGACGUCCGCCACCAAAGCGCACAUAUUCUGUACAGUUGGGAGGUGUAAUCCCCGUUCCUGCCGGCCAUGCCAGGUCCAGCAUUCUCUCCCGCUGAACCAACUGCUCGAGCUCCAACAAGGUCCCUUCAUCAUGACGCCAUCUGCAGGACUAAAGCUUUUGAGCAGCACCACACAAUCAACGUCACAUUUUACAGUGUCCUCUACCAGUAGUGUGUCUAGCAGUAGCCUGACUAGUACUAACAAGGAGUUGCGCACUGGUGUAACGGAGGGGAAACCAGUCACUACAGAGGACAGUCUGAAUGGCCACCAUCCCCGUCCUAAUGGUGAAAACCGUAAUGCCGAGGUUGAUGCGAAAGAGUCUCCCCCAGGUGUAACAUUGAACCCUAAUUGGACAUCAUCUCACUCCGUCCGGAGCUCGGACACAAGUCGGACACCAUCUCUACCCGUCCGGAGCUCGGACUCAAAUCGGACACCAUCUCACCCCAGCGAAAGUGCUGAAGUCCCAAUGGAGAUACCAAUUCCAAGAAGCGAGUCUGGUGUUUUGGAAAUGCCCUCUCAGAAUGAGACGUCCAAUGUCAGUGGCACGCUGUCAACAGGGACAGCGGUUGGCGUUGGAGUCGGUGUCGUCAUGGUGUCGGUCAUGGCUAUAACACUCGCCAUCAUGAAAUACGGCCCAGGUGUCAAAAUCUUCAAACGAGGCAGCGGGAGGAAUCCUUAG